UGUUUCCGGUUUCGCGUCACUUCCGGCUUCGUGUUUGAAUUUUCUGAGCUGCCCCGCGCGCUAACGUGCUGCCGUGAUUAAUAUUAACAUUAAAUAAACCACAUUAAUAUUAAUAUAAUCAUUAAACCUGCCGCGGUGUGAUGGAGAUUCAGGGUAUGGAGCCAAUGUCUCUGGGUUCCCCUUCGUCCCCGAAGCCAGUGGGCGGAGCUCAGUUCCUCCCCGGGUUCCUGAUGGGUGACCUGCCCGCUCCCGCUACACCACAGCCCAGACCCCUCAGCCUGGGUGUGGGCGGAGCCGAGACCAGAGCCUCGCCCUUCACGGGUGUGUCCGGUGGUUCUCCCCCUCAGCCGGUGGUUCCCACUCCUAAAGAUAAGAGCGGCGCUCCUCCUGUCAGGAGUAUCUAUGACGACCUGUCCAGUCCAGUGGUCGGGUUUUCCCCACUCACCUCACGCAAACAGGGGUUCUCCAUGAUACACACUCCUCUGUCUGGUCUGGCUGCGACUCCAGGGUCCGGCAGUGUGUUUAGCCCCGCCUCUUUAGUACAGGUGAAGAACGCCAUGUCACCUGCGCAGGUCGAUCCCUUCUUCACUCAGGGCGACGCCCUUUCCUCUGAGGACCAGCUCGAUGACACGUGGGUCACUGUCUUUGGGUUUCCUCCCGCCUCCGCGUCCUACAUCCUGCUGCAGUUCGCUCAGUACGGGAACAUCCUCAAACACGUGAUGUCUAACUCAGGGAACUGGAUGCACAUUCAGUAUCAGUCUAAACUGCAGGCCAGAAAAGCACUCAGUAAAGACGGCAAGAUAUUUGGGGAAGCCAUCAUGAUCGGGGUCAAGCCCUGUAUCGAUAAGAGUGUGAUGACGUGCUCAGACAGGAGCGGUGCUGCAGUGUUCACUCCUCCAGUAAAGAACAACACCAGUGUGUCCUCCAUCUCCACACCACGCUCAGCCAUGAGACCCCUCAGUACACCACUCACACACACCACCGCUGAGUAUCAGGUGGUGUCAGACAAAGGGACCCCUCGUAAGGAUGACAGUUUUGUGUCCAAGGCGAUGGAGUACAUGUUCGGCUGGUGACGACGGCUGAUGUCAGCGGGGGAGGUCACACAAAGCACUUUAGUGUAUGCUGGAUCCUGAUGAACACACACACUCUUCGCAGGGUGUAAUGAUGCCUUAAACCUGCUGCUCAGAGAGACUUUCAUCUCUAAUCACAGUUGUAAUGACAUCACAGACCCUUUCAAUCAUCUGUCACACACACACACACAGACACACCCACAGCGUUUUUAACACACAUGUGCAUUCAGAACUUUAUCAUUACCUUCACACAGUUUUGUAUUAUGUAUCCUCUCUCUCCACUGUAAUAAUGAUGUGUAAAUAAAAGUCUCUUUGUCUAACCA